GAUAUUUUGUGAAAGCAAUUUUCGUCCCUCUCUUCCGGGAUGCCACUUAUAAGGAGGUUAUUUCGGCGGCAUCUAGAUUGGAGGUCUACUGACUUAUAUUCAAGAAGCUUAAUUCGCCGAUCAUGAAUUUCAAGACUGAAUCAAGUGUCAGGAGUCAUUUAGCACUUGCAGAGCAGUCAUGACUGAAUUAGGUUCCCGGUGGGACACAGAAAAUCCUUGUCAGGAUAGCCCCGUGUACUGUGUUCCAAGCUGUGACAUUGAAAUGGUGAAGAACAGCCUUGGAAAACUUCUACAACACAUUGCCAACGAUUUGGCUCUUAAAGAUGCUUCAAGCUUUAUAGUGUUGAGCAGCAGACAUCGACUCGUCAGCCUGGUAGCUGUGUCAGGGUUUUCACAGUACUGUGUGACACUGUGUAGACAGUUCGGCUUGCUGAAGAAUGAAAGAGUCACGCUGCUGUCACCCAUGGAUCAGAUGAUUGCAAUUCAGCUGUGUCUUGCAGAGAAGAAUAAACAGGAAACUGGUGACUUUGAUGUUGAAGUCAGUGUUGUCAUACAGGCCUCAAAGGACAUUGUCAACUCAAAACUGAUGAGUAAUUAUGACAUCACUUCCUGUACUCAGGAGUCUGGGAUAUGUGACCUGUACAAGAAAUUCCUCGAAGACAGCAAUGCAGUUGAUACCUGCGAUGUUUUUAAUAUCUUAAAGGCGGCCAUUGCUGAGAAGCCAUCACUAAUGUCUCAGAUGCUCAAACAGCCUCUGGUUGUUCUAGACUGCCCUACAUCGGACGUUGAUAGAGCUAUGUUGCAAUACUUCUGCCAAGACAGGCCCGUCAAGAUUGUUUCUGCAGAGGUCGCCCUGGAGUCUGAGGAAAUCCUGUCUGUUACCAUAGAAACUGGUUGCCUGGAUACCGUAUUGACAGGAAAUGAUGUCAAGAGCACUGUGAAAAAACCGCCAUCAGUUACAGAUGCCUAUGUGCGCACCAUCUACCUGUCCUACCUGGAGCUUCUGGUGAAUUCCCGCUCAGAGCUGGCCAUGUCCCGAGUGUUCAAUGUUCCAGAAAGGGAGCUCACUCAUGCAGCAUUUACUGACCUCAAGCACCUUGCUAGAGAGAAAAACAUGACCAUGUAUCAGACUGCCACCUCGUACAUUAUGAAAAUCAGGCUGGGAGGCAAGGGUUACGCCCCUGACCUCCAGAACUCCCUGGGGGCCGCUGUGAAGGGGGUGGGUGACUUUGUGAGCCUUAUGCAACGCAUGGAGACAGUGCUGGAAGAGGACCUAGAUAUCAGGUCGGCGUGUCGUAGGGUGGUGAGCAUCCUCCGGCGUGAGAUGGUGAAGUGUAGGGACAGCAAGAUCAGGCAGUCCAGUGUGGACAGUGUGUCAGAACAGCUCCACGAGCAGAUAGCAAGCAUCAUUGACACUCUGGACAACCAGAUUGUGGACACACCUGGAAAGACGGCCUCUAAUGGAGGAUCCCUGACCAGCAGACGGGCAAGAAAGGCACUGCGGAGGCUGCUGGAUAAACUGGCGACAGUGAACGAAGACAUGUGCACACUGGACCAUCUCACAGACAUUUACUCCAGUCAGCGCACUCCCCUGAGAUUCCCCUCCGUGAUGUCCCAGUUCAGGUCACCAAUGGAAGACUUGUCAGAAACCAGUCCCUCAAGCCGGUUUAACCAGUCCUUGUCCCAGCGGGUACUGAACAGGUCAAUAAAGAAACAGACACCGGUCUACGCCAAGCGAUACAAGUCUAAUUGUGACUGGGCUGAGCCACUGCACAGUGUGGAUUUGGUGAAGAAUGAUGAUGUGUUCUCUCCCUCCGCAGUCUUUGUGCUGCCAAGUAAAACAAUUAUGCAUGCUGGCACCAAGUUCAGUUCUGGGGAAGCAGCAAAGGCCUUAGAAGAAAUGCUGCAAAAGGAGGAGAGUGCUGAUAAGCCCUCCUCUGUCAAACGUCUGUCUGACGUGACCAACUCUGACAUGCCUUUCACGGACACAGAUUCUGAUCAUGCUAAACCAGUCAAACAGAAGAAAGCAGGUUCAAAGAAUCAGUCUGAAGCAGUACAAGAAAACCAGACAAAGAAGAGGGCGCUUGCCUGUGAUAACCAGUCAGGUCAGCCUGAGAAGAAAAAAAAGGGUGACCAGUCUAAGUCUUGUAGACGUAAACUACUUCCCCAGGUCAAGGGCCAGCAGCAAUUGACCAAUUUUUUUAGGGUUUAGCAAAUUUAGUUGAUCUAGAUACAAUAUGUAGUUCCAUGAAGUUGAGUGUCAUACAAUCGUAUCAGGUGUAGUAGUGUUAUCCAGGUGCAGCUCUCUUAACUCUUGAGUAUAAUAAACGGAUGUUAGGUAAAGUCGUUUUCUAAUGAUGCAACGCGUAUUUUGUUGCCAUACAUGCAGUGUUUGUAUUUUAGACCAUGUCCCAAUGUUUUUUUCAUAAUAAGUGAAUAUCAUAGAACCAUUUGCAUAGAAACAGAUAAGAGCAGAAAUUUAGGAAGAGGAAUUUGCCAAAUUUUCAAGCAGGCCUCAGCUUACAUUUGCAAAUUACAAUUUCAAAAUUAAUUGUCAUAAUUAAAUUUUCAAACAACGCUUGUGGCUAUGAAAGAUAUUUCUUUUAUGAAUAAAUCAAUUUAAAUUUAUAUUACAAAACAUUUGUUGAAAUGGGAAAUUAGGGAAUAUUACUUUUAAAUGCCAUUAAAUUACACUGUUAUGUUCCAACUUCCACAACCAAAAUGGCCCAGUGUUAAAGUGUUUUAUUUGCUUCUGAAGGUCCCUUAUUUGAACUGGCAAUGGAGUUUUUUUAAUUCCAAUAUUAUGACUCUUUAAUUAAAUACAUUUAUAAAAUUAAAAAUUAACCAAAUACUUUGUAUGUAAACAAGUCCCUUUGUACAUGUAUGUAUGGAUAAAUGUGUAGCUUGGAAGAAGCUGAUUAAUAAUUAAAUAGGUGAAUAUUUGCAGUAGUUAUAUAUUCACGUAUAUUAGCUCAAGGGCGGGGGAAUCAAAAUUAGACCUCCAUGAAAAUAAGUGAUUUCACAGUUCAGUUUUUUUAUUAAAGAUUAACGUUACAAUCAAUGUGAUUCUUUUGUUCUUUAAAUUACACUUUAAAAUAUAUUGAAUGAUACUAAAGAAAACGCAAUGUACAGAUACUAUGAAUGAGGCCUUAUUUAGAAUGGGUGAGGACGAGGUAACUGUUUUGAAAAUAAAGAUAAAUAUUUUCCAUUCUUUACUUGAGAAUGGAAUUUUCCUCUAGUCUUUUGGUUUUUGUAUAGGGUACAAAUGAUUUGUUUUUAGUUUUGUUUUUAGAGUGUAAUAAAAGUGGAUUGUUCUGUCCUCAAGAGCUCUUGUUGUUCACGAAUAUGUAAAAUAACAAAAUAAAUCACAAUAGAUCAUUCGCUUUUUGCCCAUAUCUUUUCCAAAUACUUGUCUUAGUUUUGUUACAAGGCCAAGUGGAGGUUUAUUUUUUGCUCAUGUGACAGCGCAUGUUUCAAUUUAUGUCAGUAUGCCUGUUGUAAGAUAAAUAGAUGAUUACAUAUCUCUUUGAUAGCAUGCAUUAUAAAGCUUCAAAACAGACAUCACAAUAUAUGGAUCCUCUUUAGCUUUUAUCUAAGUUUACGUAACCAAUACUUGCUUGCUUGUUUGCAUAAUAGAUUUAUGUAUAAAUAAAUAUUUUUGGUUUGUUUAAUCGAUUGCAUUUUGGACCAUCUUUUAAGCAUCUAUUAAGCAUUUUUAGGUAUUUUAUAUUUUUUAUGUCUCCCAGUAUAUACUGGGAGACAUAUUGUUUUUGCCCUGUCUGUUGGUUUGUUGGUUUGCAUCAAACUUUAACAUUUGCCAUAACUUUUGCAAUACUGAAGAUUGCAACUGGAUAUUUGGCAUGCAUGUGAAUCUCAUGGAGCAGCACAUUUUGAGUGGUGAAAGGUCAAAGUCAUCCUUCAAGGUCAAAGAUCAAAUAUAUGGGGAGGGGACAUAGUGUUUCACAAACACAUCUUGUUUUAUUUUAAAACAGGUACACCAUUAUUGAUGACACACUUACUAUUUUCUGUGUGAUAAUAAAACACAACAUUGUAUUAUUAUGAACUAUUAGACAUAUGCAGACUUAUUAUUUUUUGUAAUAUUUAAUGACUGGCUGAAUUGAAAUGAAAAAUAAUGUGAAAAACACCAUUUAUCAUACUCAAUCUUGAAACUUGUUAUAUAAUAUUAAUAAUAUAAUGAUUGCUGUCUUAAUUUAAAAAGUUGAACUGAAAACAUGACAGGAACCUCUAUGGCAAUAUAUAUUGCAAUAAAUAUGUAAAUUGUGAGCUAAUAUUGCGCUAAUUAUUCGCGCCUUUUGAUUAUAUCGUUUAUUGCUAUAAAGAAGCUCUUUUAUUAUGCUUUAAAACUGCCACUGUUUAAAAUGUAUUUGCAUUAAGCAAUAUUUCUUUUCUUUAAUUAAAACUUUGUCUAUCAUACCUUUUUUUGUAUAAUUCCCUUCUUAUUAACAUCUAAUUGUGCUGGUUCUUUAGAUAAUGAUGCAUACAAAUUGUACAUACAUCAUAAGUACUAUGAUGCUUUGAUAUGUAAAGAAUAACAAGUUACUGCCCUAUUGUUUGCAUAAUUCUGUGUGAAUCAUUAACAUUUUUUUUAAAUUUGUGCCAAGCCUGACAUAUUGCAAAAUAAUAUAUAAUAUAGCAGUAACCUGUUGUUUUUUGUGUUUAUCGUACCUCUGCUGCCCCAUUCUUAAAAAAAUUAUAAAAUAUAAUGGCUGCAACUCUGCAUUUAAGCGAUAAAUACACUGUUUAAUGACAUUUGAUGUGUUAAUUUUUAUGUCUUGAGCACUUGCUUAUAAUAGUUUUAAAUUACAUAUUUUGCUGUUUUUGUCGCUUUUUAUGUCUCAAAUGUAACACAUCUUGGUAUUGAUUGUUUUUACUAUUUUGACUGUGUUUGGUAUAAACUUUUACUGUUAUAAAUAUCUACUGACCUGAAAGAAAAAUUAUAUCCGGGAUCUUGUAUCAGGUCGAUAUAAGCGUAAUGGUAUGAUGAAUAUGAUUCUUUAUUAGUCCCCUACUGGUUUCACUGGAGGGGACUUAUGGUUUGCACUCCGUCUGUCAGUCUGUCAGUCAGUCAGUCAGUCAGUCUGUCUGUCUGUCUGUCUGUCACACUUUUCUGGAUCUUGCGAUAACUUUAAAAGUUCUUAAUGUUAUUCAUGAAACUUGGAAUAUGGAUAGAUGUCAAUAUGGACAUUAUGCACGUCAUUUCAUUUCGUUCUUACGUCAAAAAUUCUGGUUGCUAUGGCAACAAAUAGACUAGAAAUACUGCUGAAAUGGUGGUUUUCUGGAUCCUGCGAUAACUUUUAAAGUUCUUAAUAUUUUUUCAUAUAACUUGAAACAUAUAUAGAUGGUAAUAUGGACAUUAUGCACGUCAUUUCAUUUUGUUCCUACAUCAAAAAUUCUGGUUGCUAUGGCAACAAAUAUAUAAAAAAAUAAUCUAAAAAUGGUGGAAUUUCUGACAAUGGUGGAGCCGGUAGGGGACUUAUAUUGCUUGACAAUAAUCUUGUUUAAUUUAUUGUUUUAUUAUUUCAAUACAUUCAAGAAAGGUGUUGGUUGAGUUGGUGGUUUUGUAUUUAAAUAAGACAGUUUAAACAUAAUAAUACAUAUUCUUUGUUAGAUGGUUAAGAAUUAUUAGUAAAUUGUAUAUCAAACUGUAAUAAUUAAUUAUUUUAUUUUAUUUAUUAUGCCCUUUUACAAUAGAAUGAAAUAAACAUGUGUUGUGUUUUAA